GACUUAGUAGGCUUUGCCACAAUCCAAAUACCUUCCAAGCUAACCAAUAUAGAAAAUGCUUCAAAAUUUGUAGACUUUUUCAGUCCCUGUUUUUAGCCCAACAUGGAGGAGACUACCGCUGACCAGCUGAUAGACGGAGCCCUGGCCACUUUUCUCUCCCUGUUCACCUGGAUGUGUAUCCAGCUGAUGGGCCUCAUCGAAAGACGGAUUAAAAACUUGCGAAUGCUCUGGGACAGCACCUCGAAGAUCGAGCUGCUGGGAUACAACAGGGAGCACGAAAAUGGUAGCUGCAACCGCACCUUCGACUUGUAUCUGCACUUCCUGUGGAUCUUUGCCGGCAUCUACGCCCUGUCUAAGCUGACCCAACUCCUGGAGCUCUACCUGGGCCAGCGGCUGAUCCCCCAGCAGAGCUGCUGUGACGUCCGCGAGAUGAGCUGCGAGUGGGAGCAGACCCUGAUGCUGUACGAGGAGGACAAACGCCAGCUGGAGGCACAGGUGCAAUCCUGGCGCGAAAAGAACCUCAAUCUGGAGCAGACGAUCAAAGAGCUGCGCGACUCCAAUAUCCACUUUCUCAGCGAGAACUUUAUGCGCACCGUGAUGCAGGAACAGAAAAGUCAGCCAGCUCCGUCCAACAUCUAUAUCAACAAUAGCCACUUCCACCUCACACGUCAGGUCUUUGUGAGCGAGGGCCAGAAGGGCGGCAACGACAAGGGUCGGAAUAUCUGGAUGCAGUACCUGAAGAUGCGCAAAUGCUAUAUGGGCCCGAUCGCCGAUCCUAGCUUGACAGCUCCCAACAGUUCCGAGGAGUUGCUGCCCAUCGUUAUGACCACCGAGCAGUUGGCCAAGUUGCAGGGCAUGAUCUAGUUUACUUUUCAGUUGAAUGCAUUUCAAAAAACGUUGUUACAAUCAAAUCCGAAAAACUCCAUACAAAAAUAAAUCAAAUUUGGUUAAUAAAAAGAUUUUACCAUCUUUAAAAAUUCAAGCCAUGUUUACUAAAAGGACACAGAAAUAAAACGGUAUAUCUAUUUAGUAUUAA